ACUCUUAUCUAAAGUGUUCAUGUUUUCCAUCACUAUGGAUUCCAAGAGUUGUUCAUCGGCUACUCUAUUAUUUCUCUCUCUCAACCUUCUCCUAUUUGCACUUGUAAGUGGUUGCAACAAUUGUGUGAAUCCUAAGCCAAUCCCAAUCCCAUUAAUCCCAAAACAAAACCUUGAUAAUUCAAAAGCAAGUUGUCCGAGAGAUGCUCUUAAGCUAGGAGUAUGUGCAAACCUCCUAAACGGCACCGUUCUUGGAUUAGUGGUUGGGAACCCACCGGUCACACCCUGCUGUUCAAUACUUGGUGGGCUUUUGGAUCUUGAAGUUGCGGUGUGUCUGUGCACAGCAAUUAAAGCUAACAUUCUUGGGAUUAACCUUAAUAUUCCAAUCGUACUAAGCCUCCUCGUUAACCUCUGUGGGAAGAACGUCCCUUCCGACUUCCAGUGUGCAUGAGCAAUCAUGUAAGAGCUCCUAAUGCGGUGUCGUCUUGACCCUCUUUUCUUUUUUUAUAAAAGCAAUAAUUUCUUAUCAUGGAAUUACCCUUCUCAUUAUGUACAAGAAAGUAAAAAAAAUAAAGUUUCUGUUGAUGUA